GGCCUCUUUGCCAACAAUUGGACACAGGUUACAUCACUCAUGGUGGCUUCGUUUUUGGCUGGCACGCCAGUAAAUGCCCUGUAUCCGGGUUUUGAUAAAGACAGCGUUUCGGUUAUCUAUAAGGUAACCCGUCCAAAAAUUCUAUUCUGCGAAGUGUCAAAUUAUCCAAUUGCCCAGGAUAUUAAUCGUGAAUUGCAAUUAGAGGCAAAGAUUUUCAUAAUGAACGAUGAUGAGAGAUUGCAAGGGGUGGGCCAUAUCGAGGAUUUGCUGAAAAUUGAGAAGUCACAGAUUAAAAGUGAUUUUAGAUAUGGCUGUCAUGAUCUCAACGGAGAUGACAUCGCGUUGAUCAUGUGUUCCUCUGGUACAACAGGUACUCCCAAAGGUGUUAUGUGUUCGCAUCGCUCUUUACUAAAUCAAAAAGUGUGUUUAACCCUGAAAAGUGAUUCGAUCAUUUCAACCUUCAGUACCAUGUAUUGGAUAUCGGGAAUUUUGAUGAUGCUCUCCUCUCUCACCAGCGGUUGUUUGCGUGUAAUUACAUCGCGAUCUUUUACCACCGAUUAUUUUCUCGGCUUAAUUGAACGCCAUAAAAUAACACAUUUCUUUGCAAGUGGUACGUAUAUGGCGGAAUUGUGUAUGUAUAAGGAUAUCGAACACAUUCAAAGGGCACUGGCCUCAAUUGAUACCCUCCUGGUGGCUGGAUCAAAAAUCCCACUGGCUGUACAGGAGAAAAUGAAUGGCAUAUUGGCGUGUAAUACACGAAGACCUGGCUUCAAUGUGGUCUAUGGCAUGACCGAAUUAUCCGGUAUACUUAGCAGUAAUUUAUAUUAUGUGGCAGAUGGUUUAGAGGGGACUGAGGGUAAAUUGUUACCCAAUACAAGGGUGCAAAUUUGUGAUAAAAAGGGUCAACGUUUGGGUGCCAUGGAACAUGGAGAAAUUUGCAUUUGGACACCAUACCCAUGGAAGGGUUAUUUUAAAAACCCCGAAGCCACAAAGAAAGCUCUUAAACACGAUUGGCUUCAAACGGGAGAUAUUGGAUUUUUCGAUACCGAGGGUUUUCUACAUGUUUGCUCACGCGAUAAUGAUGUCUUUAAAUCAAAUAAUUUUCAAAUUUAUCCACCGAUGAUUGAGGAUGUGAUUUACCGUUUGCCUGGUAUUGCUGAAACAUGUAUUGUUGGAAUACCGGAUUUAGUGGCGGCCAAUUUAAUCGGAUGUGCUGUGGUACGCAAUAAGACGGUAGAAGGAUUAAAAUUAUCGACAAGGGAUGUUGUGGAACAUGUUAAAGCCCAUAUGGGUAGUAUGUAUCACAUAACUGAUGGUGUUUAUUUUAUUGAGAGCCUACCGAAAACUGGAUCGGGAAAGAUAAAGAGGAGUAAAGUUUUAGAAUUAAUAAUGGAAAUUAGAAACAAUGUAAAAUAA